AUGCUGGCUGUUGGUGCUCUGGCCACAACAGUCGAUGCCAUCGGUCCUUUGGACCUGUUCGGAGGUAACCCUUUGAGCAUCUUUGGUUCCAACCCAUUGCAGUUGGCCUACAGCUCAUGGGCUCGUAACUACAACAAGCCAUCCCAGGUUCCAGACCUCAUCUCCAGUGUCUGGGGUCAGCGCCAGCGUAACGUCUUUGGCCACAACAACGCCAGAUUGGAGGGCUCAUACUUGAAGCAAGCCAAUGGAUACUCGGAUGUGACUUAUGACAACUUUGCCAACACUCAUCUUGGCUCGAACCAGGAUGGUUUCUGGCAGGUGAACGCCACCUCCAAGCCAAAGAAGCAUAGACAUGGUCUGCACGGAGGUAGAUUGGCUGGUGUGAUCAUCGGUUCAGUGCUCGGAGGUCUCCUCCUCCUGGGUCUGCUGAUUGCCCUGAUCUUCUGUUGCCGCCGUCGUCGCGCACGCGCAAGAGGAGGACUGUACACUGAGCACAACAACGUGCGCACUCAGCCCGCCGUGGCCACCUACCAGACCGAGGUGCGUCGCGACCCAUACCUUGACCGCCCAGUCCAGACCACCACCGCCCCAGUCACCACGACCACCACCGAGACCGUGUACCGCGAGCGCCUUGCUACGCCCCAGGACAACCACGUCUACAGAGAGUCACACCGCAGCACACUCAACCAGGGCUACGUCAAUGAGACCACUGCUUCAGACCGCUUCCAGACUGAGAACAUCCCCACGUACCAGGACCGCAACGUGACCUACACCGAUCGCACCACCCUUGUGCCACGCGGUGAGACCGUUCAGUUCCACAACUAA